GUCUGUUCUGCUUCUGCUACCGGGUUUCCCAGGCAGUCAGCCGGCAGAAAGGCGUCGCGAAGAACGCGCUUCUUUUCGGCGGGGAUACCACUCUUUUUAACGCCCGGUCCUCGGUCUCAUGGACAUGCUCUUUGUAAAUGCUUUUUCAGAAUCUCCACAGUAGGAAAUCGUACCGCGGCUCCUCUACAGGCCCUAGCAUUGAGUCUUAUUUAAAGGGCUUUAACUUCUUCACCGGUGAACCACCUUGGCCUCAAAGACUUGAUUAACUACAGCAAAUAAUUGUGUCUCUUGUAUCCAGGUCACACGUUACCAUGAACACUGAAGUGCCCACACUUGAAUUUUCUUUCCUUGAGGAAGGGUUUUCUGCUUGGGAUAUUGUUGAGCAGAAGAUCAAUGAGUCAUCCCUGACCGACGACAGGGAUGCUUUUUACGUCUGUGACUUGGGAGAUGUUUUGAAAAAACACCUCCGCUGGACGAGGGCGUUACCCCGUGUUACACCUUUUUAUGCCGUCAAGUGCAACGACAGCCGGGCUGUUGUCAUGACUCUCGCGUCUCUUGGAACUGGCUUUGAUUGUGCAAGCAAGACAGAGAUUCAGCUUGUUCAGUCCUUGGGAGUGCAUCCAAACAGAAUCAUCUAUGCCAAUCCUUGUAAGCAAGUUUCUCAGAUGAAGUAUGCAUCUGCCCACGGAGUGGAGAUGAUGACUUUUGAUAGUGAAGUGGAACUCAUGAAAGUCGCUCGUUACCAUGACAAUGCCAAACUGGUGUUGCGUAUUGCCACAGAUGACUCGAAGGCGGUUUGUCGUCUGAGCGUAAAGUUUGGGGCCCCGAUAAAAGCUUGUCGGGGCCUUCUGGAGCGUGCCAAGGAGCUGGGGCUGGAUGUCGUUGGCGUCAGCUUCCAUGUUGGGAGUGGCUGCACUGAUGCUGGGACCUUCGUCAAGGCCAUAGCAGACGCACGCUGUGUCUUUGAUAUGGGUGAGGAGCUGGGCUUCCAAAUGGAUCUCCUAGACAUUGGAGGGGGUUUCCCUGGUUCAGAAGAUACUGAACUUUCAUUUGAAGAGAUCACAGCAACGAUAAACCCCGCAUUGGACAAGUAUUUUCCCGUUGACUCUGGUGUGAGGAUCAUUGCCGAGCCCGGGCGGUUCUAUGUGGCGUCUGCGUACACACUGGUUGUAAAUAUUAUCGCCAAGAAGGUCAUCAUUGAUGAAGAGGCUCCCAUUGAUGAGGAAGACAACAAGACUCUGAUGUAUUACGUCAAUGAUGGGGUGUAUGGAUCCUUUAACUGCAUUCUCUAUGACCAUGCUCACUGUUAUCCAGUGCUGCACAAGAAGCCUAAACCAGAUGAGACCAUGUACUCCUGCAGUAUCUGGGGCCCAACCUGUGACGGCCUUGACCGCAUUGUGGAGCAGUGUUGUCUGCCGGACAUGCAAGUUGGUGACUGGCUCGUUUUUAAAAACAUGGGGGCCUACACUGUAGCUGCAUCGUCCACCUUUAAUGGCUUUCAAAGGCCUGACAUUCACUACGUCAUGUCACGCCCUGCCUGGCAAUAUGUGCAGCAGAUCUUUGCCCAGGGUGUGCUACCUCCUCCUCUAGAAGGGUCUUCCCAGUUAGAGAUACCGGCGUGCUGUGGCAGAGGGAGCACUUUUGACAUGCCAGCUAAGCCGUGCCCUGCUAACAUCGUGUAAACGUGUUGUAGAGCUGCAGAACGGCUCCAUAGAUCGUAGCAUCUUUUUUUUUAUUAUUGGUCAAAGGCUAGUUCUUUCAGCGUCUGACCUAAUUGGGGCCAGUUACUUGCAAGAAGACGGAGAUGGGCAAAUUCUGCUCACUUGUGUUGGGAUCAUUGUUGAUGAAAUGACCCUAAAUCCCACUCUUUUUCCUCUGUGUUCAUUGAAUAGUAGGGGUGUGACGAUUUAUUUUAACGAUCCGAUUCUCUGACCUAAAGUGGAUCCACAUCACCUUCAUCUAAACUUCCAGCAGUGAGACUCAGACAGAAAUUCCUGCGACUGAACAGUGAAGUUUUCCAGAUUCUUGGAUUUCUUCCAGAUCAUCAAGUUUAAAUGAAAUAUGUGUCCAAACAAACAAAUCAACUAGAAUGAAUGUCAAAUCCCUUCACAUGUUAGUUUCCUAAAGUUCUCCACUGUUGUUUUCCCACAUCCAAAGAAUCCAAAGGGAACAUUCUAGACACUGGAUGGUCACAUGACUUUAUUCAAAGUCUGUCCACACAUUGGACUGGAAUGAUGGACUGAUCCAUUGGUCAAACGUUACACCCUUACUGAAUUGUUACACAGCUGCUUUGCACUCGUUUCUGACUUAUUGAGAUCAUUUACCUCAAGUAAACACUGUUGCAUUAUUUGAGUUUCUUAUCAGAACAGUAAUCGGCUGCAGCGCAGACGCUUGGGGGGGGUUUAUUUAGUCAAAAAUGCAGUGUAAUGCUGGAUUCUGGGUUUAGGGUUGGCUUAUCUCACCAGUCCUUGAAGUUUCUGUUGAAGCCAUGUGACUCAGAGGUCAUCAGAGUGGUUUCUAGUUCCUUAACUGGCUGCUAUGUUUUUUAUAUAUAUACAUUUCAAAUCUACACCUAGACAAUUUCCAGUGUUCUUAAGAGAUGAAGCUUCCUGUGCGGUUGUCAUAGUGACACUGUUUAACAGUUUUAACUGGUGUAUAUUGGUUUCCUGUCUAGUGCACGAGUCACAGGAACAACAUGAUUAUUGAGCUGCACAUACAGGACACAAACGCUUGAAAAAAAAAACAUUCAAGAUCAAUUCAUUGUACAGGAAUCUGCUCAUCUCCUGUUUUUCUUCCCUUUGUUUAUAAGUUUUAUAUUUUUGUAAUAAAACAUGUUUCAAAGCCA